AGCACUCCUAGAAACAAACUUAUGCAGCCUAGAGCUUUGCAAAACUUUAUUGUGUUAAUGAGAGACUGUGGGAGCCUAAACAGCCAUUUUAAAUCACACAGUAGUUAAGUUUUGUUUUUGCCUGCACACAGCACAGUGCUGGGCAGAUAUUAAACGGAAGCCUCUAGUGUCAGUUUUUAGGGUGUUUGAAGGUUUAAUGCAACAAUGGCAGCCAUACAGCUCAGAUUCUUAUUAGUUUCAUUCUUUACAAGUAUCGCGGGAGAAGCACAAUAUGUAAUGCAAGAUGCUGGAUUGGUGCAUUACAUCGACCGCCGAAUUCUCUCAAUAGAGAACAGGUUAAACAAAUGCAAUCAAGAUAUUGCAGAUUACGUACAGGAAUUCCGAGAGUUUUCCAAGAGGAUGAUGUCACGCCUGGAAGGACUCAACGUUUUGAAGACGGAUCUUAAAAAUGAUGUUGACCAUUUGCUAACGAGAGUGGAAAGAGCGCAAAGGGAAAUUGACUAUUUUGAAUCGGCAAAGGAAUCCCCCGACACCUGCGUGGAAGUCGACGAGGACCUCGUGGAGCAACAAUUAAUGGAACAAGAGGAGUCGAAACAGAAAGUCAAGCUCAUGCUCAAUGCAAGUUGUAACCACAUGAUUGCAGGCUUCAAAUCCCUGAAGAUAGUAAAGAAGUCUGGAGACACACAGGGUUCGUGGCUGAAGGACCCCAUCAAGAAUCCCCAAAAGAUCUAUUUCUUAACUGGGGUAAAGAACAAAAUUGUAAUGGAGUUUGCAAAUAUCCGCGCUUUUACUGAAAGUGGUGAGAAACAGUCAGCUCGGAGAGUUAACCUGCCUUUUCCCUGGCAAGGGACAGGCCAUGUUAUAUAUGACGGUUUUCUGUUUUAUCACAAAUUUGGCUCAUUAAAUGAGAUAAUUAAGUUUGACAUUCAGAAAAGAAAUGUAACUGGCCGCCUGCUGCUGUCAGGUGCCGGAGAGACCUUCGCCUACGAUCUUCUUCCUUCCACUAAGAUAGACCUAGCUGUGGAUGAACUGGGAUUGUGGGCAAUCCACACAGAGCCAGAUACUGGCAGAAAGCUGGUCAUUUCUAAAAUCAACCAUGAAACCAUGGCCGUGGAAUAUACCUGGGACACAUCCUGCAAAAGCCAGAAUGCCGAAGCGGCUUUUAUGAUGUGCGGCGCCCUGUACGUAGUGUACAGUUCACCAGGGGGAGGUACAUCUCGCAUCGAGUGCAUUUAUGACACCUUAGAUGCCAUCAAUCCUUAUGAAAUCCCGCCACUUCCUUUCCCCAAACGCCAGACAAGUCACUCCAUGGUGCAUUAUUACCCCAGAGAAAAGCAACUCUUUGCCUGGGAUAAUGGGUCCCAGGUCGUUUAUAAGCUCCUGACAAAGCUAAAAAAAUAAUAAAAGCAACAACAUAAAAAUCUCCUCCAUACUAAAAAAACUUGCCAGUGUAGAUAUGGUGAUGAAUUUACAAGAACUAGUGACUGAGGGGUUAUUUUACACUUAUUUUUACACUUUAUUUUUCCCUUUAAAUAGAUAUUUUUACCCCUUUUUCCAAAGAUUGGUGCCAUGCUCAAGAAAGGCCUUUCCCUUCCUUGCAAACAGAGCCAACUUUCUGAGGCAGCAACCUGAAUUUGGUGGCAGAUUGGGAGGGAGGGUGGCAAAUCAGCAGGUUAGGGUGGCUGAGGAAGUGAGAGAAAGAGAAGGUGAUACUGGUUGGUAUCCCCCUCUCACCUUAUAAGAACUUGCAUGAAAGUGGCCCCCCAACUUUUCUCACAGGCUCAUAUAAGAUCAGUAUAAACAGGCCUGGUGAGCAUUUAAGGUCCCCAUCCCUAAUUUGCGGGUUGCCAUCUGAUUAGAUUUCACUUUGAUUCUGAUUUGAUUUUAGGAUGUAUUUUAAUUGAUCACUUGAUUUUAUGGCAAUAUGUUAUAUAUUUGAUGUUAGCCGCUCUGAGUCCGGUUUUGGCCGGGGAGGGCAGGGUAUAAAUAAAAAUUAUUAUUAUUAUUAUUAUUGAAAGGGACGAGCAUGUAAUUCUUGGCCUGGGCACAAGGGAGAAUAGUACAUAGUUACUGUUGUUUUGCUGCAGCUACACAACAUUGUACACACAGGUUGCUUUCGCUCCCCCUUCUCUCCCAGCUAUCUUUCUCUUUGCUUUCCUGCUCAUUUUCCUCCCAUCUCUGUUCCCACCCAGAACCUCUCUUUCCCUGGAGUAAACAGGGAGUCCCAUUAAGUGUAGGAUAAUGGCUUACACCUGUAGGUCUGAUUAGCACCUGGGAGACCAGGGUUCAAAUCCCCACUCAGCCAUGUAGCUCACUGGACCAGGUGAUCUUGGACCAGGCACUCACUCCCAGCCUAACCUGCCUCACAGGGUUGUUGUGUGAGGAUAAAGCGGGGAGGAGGAGAGCUAUGUCCUCCACUCUGGAACUCUUUGGAGAAAAGGUAAGGGGCA